AUGAGUAGAAACAAUCUCAGUUUCGAAGAGCGGAUGCGCUACGAAAUGCGCAACCUCGACUACUCCUCAUUCACAGCUGAGGAGAUCGAGGUGGCGCAUACUCUGGCUAAUAUGCAAUUAAUACACGAUGCCCGUCUACGUAAUCUGCUUCCGCCACCUCCGCGAGGCCCGCAUCCUCGUCGACGUGUGCCACCGCCGCCGCCGCCACCGCCGCCAGCCGCAUCUGCUUCUGCAUCUCAGGGAUCGACAAAGAAGAAGAAGAAACCGAAGAAGGUGAGUGUUGUGUAGCUCAUUCAGAAUAUAAACAAACAUUUUCAGGGUAAAAAAAGGAGGAGAAUGGCGGAGCUGGGCCGGCGCCCCUCCACAACUCCAAGAUAAUGUGAACAGCAGCACCAGCCAGGCGGGCCCGGCACCACCACCAGCCGCAGUCCCACUUGCUGCUUCUUCCGCGUCGUCUCCAACUGGACCUGAGGAGCCGAAGAAGAAGAAACCGAAGAUGGUGGGUGUUGUGUAGCUCAAUCAGACUAUUAACUAAAAUUGUCAGGCAAGCCAGGAAAGCGAUUGUGGAGCUGGGCCGGCGCCCCCUCCACAACUCCAAGAUAAUGCGAACGGCAACACCGCCAACCGCUCGUUUGAUGAAGAAUAA